AUGUAUUNUUGGGAUGAACUGACUGGUGGUGCGUGGUACUCGGAGGGAAAUCUUGACAAGGAAUUCAUCACAGUUCUUAGAGACACUUGCCUCAAGGUCAUACAAAUGCUGAAAGUUGCUACUGCAGAGGGAAUCCACGAUUUCUUGAAGAAAAGGAAAGUUGUUGAGUGCACAAGUCAGCAAAUCGCGGAAAUAUUGAAAUCUAUGGUUCUGGACAAUGCUGUUAUAGAGGUAAAGAGUAUUGGAUUGGGAGAAUAUCAUUCUAUUCCUGUUGGAUCAGUAUGUUAUCGAACUGCAAGCGGAGUUGCUCUAGAGGCUGAUCCAAAAACAAUCGCGCCAAUGGCUUCAAUUCCAUGUGGUGCUUGCUCUAGGAUUAAUCAAUGUACACCAAAUGGAGUUAUAUCCCCACAAACCUGUGUCUACUACACUAAAUGGUUGAACUUUGAAUUUUGA